AUUAGCCCGUGAAUGGCCAAUUCAGCUGCCAGUCAGCAGCCCCUACACUUCUCUUACUUCGCUGCAAAAAAAUCAGUUGCUGUGGAGCGAUUUGACGGAGGGUGUGUGCGUGUGUUGUUAGUUCAAGUCGGAUCAUCACUGUUACUCGUGGUUUCUACAAUUAACAUCAGUGUGCCUCAGCCAUUUGGAAAGAUAUAGUACUAGGAACAGAUCGCGUUUGUGAAUCUUGCAUGCAAGGAGCGGAGGAUCGUAUCGCCGGUCAACGGCAGUGCUUUGUCAUUUCAUUUUUUUCCCUCAUGAUCUAUUAAUUAAAAGGAGGCAUGUGGGAUUUCCUUAGGAUUACUAAUUGCCUUAUAAUACUGUGCCUGGUGUUAUCGUUGUGGACCCAGGUGUGCCAGUCCUCGGGCUAUUUCGAGCUUCAGUUGGUUUCCGUGCAGAAUGUAAACGGUGAAUUGUCCAACGGGGACUGCUGUGACGGCACCAGAAACUCAGACCUGCGCUGCACUCGGGAUGAAUGUGAUACUUACUUUAAAAUAUGUUUGAAGGAAUACCAGGCGAAGGUCGCUACCACGGGCUUGUGUACCUUCGGAGCUGGAUCUACGAACGUUCUCGGUGGAAAUACUUUUUCUUUUACCAGUACUACUAAGAACCAGCAGAACAGACUCGACGAGGGUGGCAAGAUGGUGAUACCUUUCCAGUUUUCUUGGCCGCGGGCGUACACAUUGAUUGUUGAAGCUUGGGAUUGGGACAACACUUCAAGCAGCAAUCCCGAGUUGCUGAUCGAACGUCACGUCCACACCGGGAUGAUCAACCCUGGAGAAGACAGCCAGACAUUUCAGCACAAUGGAGCCGCCGCAAGCUUCCAGUACAAAAUCCGUGUGAAAUGCGGCGAGAAUGACUAUGGCUCUAUGUGUAACAAGCACUGCAGACCCAGAGAUGACUAUUUUGGUCACUUUGUUUGUGAUCAGAAUGGGAACAAGGCCUGUAUGGAAGGCUGGAUGGGGGAAGACUGUGUGCAAGCUAUUUGCAAACAAGGCUGCAACCUGCUGCAUGGAUCCUGUGCUCAACCUGGCGAAUGCAAGUGCCAGUAUGGGUGGCAAGGCCAAUUCUGCGACGAUUGUCUCCCGUACCCUGGCUGUGUCCAUGGAACCUGUGUCAAGCCUUGGCAGUGUACCUGUGAGAAGAACUGGGGUGGCUUGUUGUGCAACAAAGAUCUUAACUACUGUGGUACACAUCACCCCUGCAUUAAUGGAGGGACCUGCAUGAACACAGAACCUGACGAAUACCAGUGUGUCUGUCCGGAUGGUUAUUCUGGCAAGAACUGUGAAAUUGCUGAACAUGCUUGUGUCUCAAAUCCUUGUGCAAAUGGUGGCACUUGUCACGAAAUCCCAUCUGGCUUUGAAUGUCAUUGUCCCCCAGGGUGGAACGGUCCAACCUGUGCCAACGACAUUGAUGAAUGUGCCUCUAAUCCCUGCGCUCGAGGGGGUACAUGCAUUGACAGAGUAAAUGGGUUUGAAUGCAUCUGUCCAUCUCAGUGGGUUGGCAGGACCUGCCAGAUAGAUGCUAAUGAAUGUGUGGGGAAGCCUUGCCUUAAUGCUUACUCUUGCAAAAACUUAAUUGGUGGAUAUUAUUGUGACUGCUUUCAAGGAUGGGAUGGCCAAAACUGUGACUUCAAUAUCAAUGACUGCAAUGGGCAGUGUCAACAUGGAGGAACGUGUAAGGAUGAGGUGAAUGGGUAUCACUGCCUCUGUCAUCCAGGAUUUGUUGGCAAACAUUGUGAAAUCCAGAUAAACAAAUGCGCGAGCAGCCCCUGUAUGAACGGGGGGCGAUGCCAGGACCUGAUAGAUGGCUUCCUCUGUCAGUGCCAGCAGGGUUUCUCUGGUAUUUUCUGUGAGGUUAAAAGUAAUCCCUGUAACCCCAACCCUUGCCAGAAUCAAGCUUCAUGUUAUAAUGUUGGAGGAGAUUACUACUGUGCCUGUUCUGAAGACUAUGAGGGAAAAAACUGCUCCGCCUUCAAAGAUCAUUGCAAAAACACCCCUUGCGAAGUAAUCGACAGUUGCACCAUAGCAGUUGCAACCAACACCACCCAGGAAGGUUUGCGGUAUAUUUCCUCCAAUGUGUGCGGACCACAUGGGCAAUGCAUUAGCCAACCAGGAGGAAACUUUACUUGUGCUUGUGAAAAAGGAUUUACUGGGAUAUACUGUCAUGAAAAUGUUAAUGACUGCAUUACCAAUCCCUGCAAAAAUGGAGGAACAUGCAUCGAUGGAAUAAAUUCAUUUCAGUGCUUCUGUCAUGAUGGCUGGGAGGGGAAUUUAUGUGAGAUUAAUGUAGAUGACUGUCGUCACAACCUUUGCAAAAAUGGUGGUAAAUGUGUGGACUUGGUAAAUGAUUUCUACUGUGAAUGCCAGAAUAGUUGGAAAGGCAAAACCUGUCAUUCACGUGAAAACCAGUGUGAUGCAAACACAUGCAGCAACGGUGGGACCUGCUAUGAUGUUGGAGAUGCUUUUCGAUGUGCCUGCCCUCCUGAAUGGGGUGGCAGUACAUGUAAUACUGCAAAGAACAGCAGUUGUACUCCAAUCCCUUGUCAGAAUGGUGGAACGUGUGUUGGAGGAGGCGAUACCUUUACAUGCAUCUGCAAGGAAGGUUGGGAAGGAGCCACCUGCACACAGAAUACCAAUGACUGCAAUCCUCACCCUUGCUACAAUGGCGGCAUCUGUGUGGACGGCGUCAAUUGGUUUCGAUGUGAAUGUGCACCAGGUUUCGCUGGACCAGACUGCAGAAUCAACAUUGAUGAAUGCCAGUCAUCCCCUUGUGCGUAUGGUGCCACUUGCGUUGAUGAAAUAUAUGGGUACAGGUGCACCUGCCCUCCUGGCAGAGCCGGCCCCAGAUGCCAGGAAGUUAUUGGCAUUGGAAAGCCAUGCAGGUAUGCUGGUCUUCAAUUCCCCCAUGGAAGCAGAUGGGAGCAGGAAUGCAAUACUUGUCAAUGUUUUGCUGGAAACAUCGCUUGUACCAAGGUUUUGUGCGGUAGAAAGCCUUGCCUUUUACAGAAGCGUCCCGGACAAGAGAACCACCAUUGCCCUGCAGGUCAAAAAUGUCAGGAACACAAUUUCUUCACCUGUUUUUCACCACCUUGCCACGAAUGGGGUGUCUGCAGUGCCCCGGAGCCUCCUGUGCCCAUUAACACCGAAUGCCAGCCGCAUACGGACUACUUGGAUAACAGCUGUGCGCGGAUCACGCUCAUUUUUAACAAAGACAAAGUACCACAGGGCACCACUGUGGAAAACAUCUGCACUGAACUGAAGUAUCUCCCAGGAACAAGGAUGCUUGCCAAGGAGAGAUCUCUGCUGGUGCUUUGUGACCUCUCCUACUCCAAUGAAAAUGCUAUUGAAGUGGCUAUAUCGUUUGUGGAUGACGAGCAGGACCACGGCCUUAUCCAGGAUGCUGCCAGUACAAUCAUCAACACGCUCUCCAAAAGACAGAACAGCACCCUCAUGCUGGCUGUAGUAGAAGUCAAAGUGGAAACCCAAGUCAUGGGGAAAUCAACGGAUUACCUGGUUCCUGUUCUCUGUGUGGUGUUCACCAUUCUCUGUGUUUUCUGCAUCGCCAUCUGUAUCUGGUGGACCAGGAAGAGGAGAAAAGAGAGGGAAAGAAGCCGUCCAUCCAUAGAGGAGAAUGUUAACAAUCAGUGGGAACCGCUGAAUCCUAUUAGGAAUCCUAUAGAUAAGCCAUGCAGUAACAGAGACAUGCAGUAUGAAUGCAAAAAAUUAAUGUCUCCUCCAAACAGAACUUGCGAGGGAGAGGAAGAGGAGGAGCAGGAGCAGGAGAGGGCCAGCAUGGAAGUAGACAAGUGCCCUUCCCACAAAUGCACAAAAACUUUAUUGCACGGGAAAGGGGAUGUUGUCAGCACAGCAAACAGCACUCCGGUGAAGCAACCGCACCGAACUGCCUACAGCUCAAAGGACAAUAGAUGUAAAAAUGUAAAUGCAGCUCUCAGCAAAGACGCGAGAGACAAUUGUGUAUGAAAAAUAAAUAAAUAAAUCCUCCGUGCCUACUUAAGCAUGUAUGUAAAAAUGAAUGCACGUAGUCGUCUUCAUCAUGGACUUCAAACCAUCUUAACCAUUUAAAAAAAUAAAUAAAUUCCAGUGGUUCUAUUUUACGUAACAUUUCUCCAGUAUUUUUUUUUUCUGUAUAAGUUAUUUGUGGUUCAGUGACAAGGCUGAUAGGUUUCUUUUGAGAGUUGAUAUAUAUUAUGUGCAUAUAUAUAUAUAUUUUUUUUGUACAGUUAAUUAUCUUACUCUAUGUACCAGAGGAGGAAGGUGCCUCCAAUUUGAAAUUCUGUUUAAGAAAGAGGGGGGGGGGGAAAUGUAUAAAGACAAAUUUUGUAAUUGUUUACAGUUUUUUUUCUUUUUGCUACUUUGUGUAGUUUUAUAGGACAGAAGGGGUGAGACUUUUGUGAACAUUAAAACAAUAUUCAGUAUAUCAAUGAAUGGCAGCUCACAGCACUUGUUACAGUUGUUUCUACUGUCAGUCAUUUUCUUUGUUUUUUCAACAGAAUUUGCCUUAUACAAUACAAUACAAAACAGCGUAGUGACUUUGCAGUUGAAUCAAGUGGCCUUUUUGUCUUAACUUCUAGGAUUGCAGUAUUUAUGCUUGUAGCAAGUGCCUUGUGAUUUCAGUUUGUAUCGCAGCUGUCAGACUGCCCUACCAGUUUAACAAUAAAACAAAGGGAAGAUCUCAUUCAGAAGACUUUGUUUGUUUGUUUUGUAUUUGAUCAAAACAAUUUUGUACAUAUGUAUAUAGUAAAGGAAUCGCUGUGUAUAUUUGAAUUUAGUAACAAGACAAUUCACACUUUUUUUUUUAAAUGCCAUUCCUUUUUAUUUGUUUGAAGAAAAAUAUGUUUUAUGAUGGUUUAAAUGUUUAUACAAAGUGUAACUAUACAUUAAGAACAUAAUUAUUGUCAAAUAUAAUCACUGGUUAUGUGUAAAUGUAUACAGACGUUUGUUUGCUUUACAGAAUGAUUAUUUCUCUCCCCCACCCUCCCCACCCGUUACUGCUUCAGUUUAAGAUACAUUUGUUUGUACCAUACUUAAGUUUUAAUUUGUGAAUGUCAAACGUGAUACUAUUUGUGAAACAGAUGUCUGCUUUGGAUACAGACCUAAUGAAGGGAACAAUUUAAAAAAUAUAUAUAUAUAUACUGGAAUAUAAAAAUGGAUUACCUCUAAGUGGUGACUAUAUAGAUUUUUUUUUUUUUUUUAAUCACCAUUUUUAGGGAAUAACAUUGAAUUAAGGAAGCCACCCACAAAAAAAAUGAAACUGAUAAAUAGAUACUGUUUGGGGGUGGGGGGGAUUUAAGUGUAAGCAUAGCUUAAAUUUGUAAUUAUUUUGUACAAAAGAACAGUUGCUUUGCAAAGUCAUUGGUUCGUUGGUGCAUUUUGUUUGACAUGUUCUUUAGAAAUAACUUAAAUAUAUUUAUUAAAGCAUUUUAUAACCAUGUAA